CCAUGCUUCUCUCUCUCUCUCUUUUUCCUCCUCUCUCUUCUCUUCAGAUAAAAGCUCAACACCCAAAAAACACCCCUUGAAAAAUUCCCCACUUUUCAAGACCCGAGUUAAGGUAUGUCAGUCCUGGCAGAGCUCUGAAGAGAGGAGAGGAGGAGGCGAUAGUAAAAAGCACUAUCGGCACCUAAUCUCUAAUCUGUAGCUCUGUAGUCGAAUAUGAAUGUACUGAAGCGGGAUCGAGUGGUUAUGCGUACUGAUAACUGCGACCUGAGUUAUGUUCGUAUUGACAGUUGGUUACGCUUCGUACCCAAUGGUUCUUGCAACCAUCGGUAACAGUCGCAUUGAAUAAUUCGCACGUUCACUUCUCGUUAGGCAUCUCAUCACACCUUUUUACCCUUAGAUUGAUAUUAACAUCCUAGUCCCCGCUAGCUCACCCUAUUUGCAUUUCCCCUCUCACUGCUAUGUCCUUUUCCGCCCCAAUCACUCCACCAAUGGAGUCCACUGGCGACCGCCUUAUGACGUUGGAACUCAAGGACGGCUCCGCGUUGCAGGGUUACUCCUUCGGUGCGCCAGUCACCGCUGCCGGUGAGUUGGUUUUCCAGACCGGUAUGGUUGGUUACCCAGAGUCGCUCACCGAUCCUUCCUACGAGGGCCAGAUCCUCGUCAUCACCUACCCACUCGUGGGUAACUACGGUGUGCCAGACCGUGCCGCGUUAGACGAGCUCGUCACCCAGUUGCCGCGCUACUUCGAGUCCAGCAAGGUCCACAUCGCGGGUCUUGUGGUCGCCCACUACACCGAAGAGUACUCGCACUACCUUGCCACCUCGUCGCUUGGUGAUUGGUUGAAGGAGCAGGGUAUCCCAGCUAUGUACGGGAUCGACACGCGCGCGCUCACCAAGCGUUUGCGCGAGGAGGGUUCCACUCUCGGGCGGAUUGCGCUUCAAACGCGCGAAACCACCGACAUGCGCGCGCUUGGUGCGCGCGACUGGCAGCCGUUCUUUGACGUCCCUGAGUGGGUCGACCCGAACGUGGCCAACCUUGUCGCUAAGGUCUCCGUAAAGGAGCCAGUCUUGUACAAGCCUUACCCAGCGACCGCCCUUAAGACCAAGGCCGGCAAGACGGUUAGAAUUAUUGCCGUUGAUGUCGGUAUUAAGUUCAACCAGAUCCGCUGCUUUGUCCGUCGUGGCGUUGAAUUGCUUGUUGUUCCAUGGAACUACGACUAUUCCAGCGAGGAGUACGAUGGUUUGUUCUUGUCCAACGGUCCAGGUGAUCCAGCCGUGAUGGACACCACCGUGGAGAUCCUUAAGGCGGCUGUUGUGGCAGCCAAGACCCCAAUUUUCGGGAUCUGUCUCGGGCACCAGUUGCUCGCGCGCGCGACCGGCGCGGCCACCGUCAAGCUCAAGUUCGGUAACCGUGGGCACAACAUUCCGUGUACUUCGCUCAUCUCUGGGCGCUGCUACAUCACCUCGCAGAACCAUGGGUACGCAGUCGAUGUCGCAACCCUCGCUGACGACUGGAAGCCGUUGUUCGUCAACGCUAACGACGGCUCCAACGAGGGUAUUUACAACACCCAAAAGCCUUUCUUCUCUGUGCAGUUCCACCCUGAGUCUACCCCAGGUCCGCGCGACACCGAAUUCCUCUUUGACACGUUUAUCCAGGCGGUCACCGAGUUCGAUGCGACGCACGCGCACAAGGCGGUCGAGUUCCCAGGCGGCCAGCUCGCGGAGAACCGCGCCGCGCACCCACGUAUCGUUCCUAAGAAAGUUCUUGUUCUCGGGUCUGGUGGUUUGUCCAUUGGCCAGGCCGGUGAGUUCGAUUAUUCCGGUUCCCAGGCCAUCAAGGCGCUCAAGGAAGAGGGUAUCUACACCAUCUUGAUCAACCCGAACAUCGCCACCAUCCAGACCUCCAAGGGGCUCGCCGACAAGGUGUAUUUCCUCCCAGUCAAUGCCGAGUUUGUCCGCAAGGUUAUCCAGCACGAGAAGCCGGACGGUAUCUACGUGACUUUCGGUGGUCAGACCGCGCUCUCCGUCGGUAUUGAGCUCAAGGACGAGUUUGAGGCGCUCGGUGUCAAGGUGCUCGGUACCCAGAUCGAGACCGUCAUCACCACCGAGGACAGAGACUUGUUCGCGAUGGCGAUGGAGGAGAUUGGCGAGAAGUGUGCCAAGUCGCACGCUUGUACGACCAUGGACGAGGCUAUCGCCGCUGGUGAGGAUAUUGGCUACCCGGUGAUUAUCCGUGCGGCGUUUGCGCUCGGUGGGCUUGGUUCCGGGUUCGCGGAUAACGAAGGUGAGCUCGUAGAGCUCUGCCAGAAGGCGUUUGCGAUCUCGUCCCAGGUCUUGGUGGAGAAGUCGAUGAAGGGUUGGAAGGAGGUUGAAUACGAGGUUGUUCGUGACGCGUUCGACAACUGUAUCACCGUCUGUAACAUGGAGAACUUCGAUCCUCUUGGGAUCCACACUGGUGACUCCAUUGUCGUUGCUCCAUCCCAGACCCUUGAUGAUGCUGAUUACAACAUGUUGCGUACCACCGCCGUAAAUGUCAUCCGUCACUUGGGGGUCGUUGGUGAAUGUAACAUCCAGUACGCCCUCAAUCCAUUCUCUCAGGAGUACUGUAUCAUUGAGGUCAACGCCAGACUUUCCCGUUCCUCUGCUUUGGCUUCCAAGGCGACCGGCUACCCGCUUGCCUAUACCGCUGCCAAGCUUGGGUUGAACAUUCCGCUCAAUGAGAUCAAGAACUCGGUCACUAAGGUCACCUGUGCCUGUUUCGAGCCAUCCUUGGAUUACGUGGUGGUCAAGAUUCCACGCUGGGAUCUCAAGAAGUUCACCAGAGUGUCGUCUCUCCUUUCCUCUUCGAUGAAAUCGGUUGGUGAGGUCAUGUCGAUUGGGCGCACGUUUGAGGAGGCGAUUCAGAAGGCGAUCCGCUCGACCGACUACCAGAACCUCGGUUUCAACCAGACCGAUGCUCUCAUGUCGAUCGAUAUCGACUCUGAGUUGCAGACUCCGUCAGACCAGCGUUUGUUCGCGAUUGCCAACGCUAUGAGCGACGGCUACUCGGUCGACAAGAUCUGGAAGAUGACCAACAUUGACAAGUGGUUCUUGAACAAGCUUGAGGGAUUGAUCCGCUUCGGGGAGAAGAUUGCGUCCUACGUUUCCAAGGAAAACUUGCCAGCCCAGGUAUUGCGUAACGCGAAACAGCUCGGAUUCGAGGAUCGCCAGAUUGCCAAGUUCCUCAACUCGAACGAGGUUGCCAUCAGACGCUUGCGUAAGGAUGCCGGUAUCAUUCCAUUUGUCAAGCAGAUUGAUACCGUUGCCGCCGAGUUCCCGGCCUUCACCAACUACCUCUACAUCACCUACAACGCCGACUCCAACGAUGUGAAGUUCGACGACCACGGGAUUGUGGUGCUUGGCUCUGGUGUCUACCGUAUCGGUUCCUCCGUUGAGUUCGAUUGGUGUGCCGUUCGCGCGGUCCGUACGCUCCGCGAGAACAACGUCAAGACGAUUAUGAUUAACUACAACCCGGAAACCGUCUCCACCGAUUACGACGAGGCCGACCGUUUGUACUUUGAAACCAUCAACUUGGAGAGAGUCCUCGAUAUCUACGAGCUUGAGCAGUCCGCCGGUGUUGUGAUCUCCAUGGGUGGCCAGACCUCGAACAACAUCGCGUUGAACCUUCACCGCCAGAACGUCAAAAUCAUGGGGACUUCCCCAGAGAUGAUCGACUCGGCCGAAAACCGUUACAAGUUCUCGCGGAUGUUGGACCAAAUCGGCGUUGAUCAGCCGGCCUGGAAGGAACUCACCUCCUUUGAGGAAGCCGAGACGUUUGCCGAAAUGGUUUCGUACCCAGUUUUGGUUCGUCCAUCGUACGUGCUUUCCGGUGCCGCCAUGAACACCGUCUACUCCCGCGACGAUCUCCGUUCGUACCUCUCCCAGGCCGUCGAUGUCUCUCCUGACUACCCGGUUGUCAUCACCAAGUACAUCGAGGAGGCCAAGGAGAUUGAGAUGGAUGCCGUUGCCAAGGACGGUAAGAUGAUUAUGCACGUUGUGUCCGAACACGUUGAGAACGCUGGGGUCCACUCCGGUGACGCCACGUUGAUUGUUCCGCCACAGGACCUCGACCCAGAGACCGUUCGCCGCAUUGUCGUGGCCACCGCCAAGAUUGGUAAGGCCUUGAACAUUACCGGACCGUACAACAUCCAGUUUAUCGCCAAGAACAACGACAUCAAGGUGAUUGAAUGUAACGUCCGUGCCUCGCGUUCGUUCCCAUUCAUCUCCAAGGUUGUUGGCACGGAUAUGAUUGAAAUGGCCACCCGUGCCAUCAUGGACCUUCCGUUCACCCCGUACCCUGGUGCCAAGUUGCCAGAGCACUACUGCGCCGUCAAGGUUCCGCAGUUCUCCUUUUCCCGUUUGGCGGGUGCCGAUCCGGUGCUUGGUGUCGAAAUGGCCUCCACGGGUGAAGUCGCAACUUUUGGUCGCAACAAGUACGAGGCGUACCUCAAGUCUUUGAUUGCCACUGGUUUCCAGCUUCCAAAGAAGAACAUUCUCCUCUCCAUCGGUUCAUACAAGGAGAAGUUGGAGCUUGUUCCAUCGAUCCAGCGUCUCCACGAGAUGGGCUACAAGUUGUUUGCUACCGCCGGUACCGCCGACUUCAUCUCCGGGUUCAACGUUCCGGUUCAGUACCUCGAGGUGAUGGACGGCGAAGACGGCCAGAAGUCUGAGUACUCCCUCUCUCAGCACCUCGCCAACAACCUUAUCGACCUCUACAUCAACUUGCCAUCCGCCAACCGAUUCCGCCGUCCAGCGUCGUACGUGUCCAAGGGCUACCAGACCCGUCGUAUGGCUGUUGACUACGCCGUUCCGUUGGUCACCAACGUGAAGUGCGCCAAGGUUUUGAUCGAGGCGCUCUACCGCAAGAUUCCGCUUGAGGUGACUUCCCUCGAUGCUCAGUUGUCGCAUGAUACCGCCACGAUUCCAGGUUUGGUCAACAUUGCGGCGUACGUUCCGUCGUUGGCCGGUGCCGCGGGCGCGCGUGACUUUGCUGCCGUUGCACGUGUGUCGCUCGCCGCGGGGUUCACCUUCAGCAACGUUUUGCAGACCGCUACAGGGCUUACCGACUCCAGUGCUCUCUCUGCGGCUUCCAGUCUCGCAGCUGAUGGCGCUUUCACUGACUACGCGUUUGCCGCGACUGCCACCGCGGCCAACGCGGCUGCCGUCGCCGCGGUGUCCGAGGAUAUCGGCGCGUUGUACCUCCCAUUCACCGACCGUUCCACCACCGUGGCCGCCGUUUCCUCCCACUUUGCAACCUGGCCACAGUCGAAGGUUGUCACCACUGAUGCCAAGUCUACCGACCUUGCAUCUGUUCUCCUUCUUGCGUCACUCCACGCGCGCGCGAUCCACGUGACCGGCGUCUCUUCGCGUGACGACCUCGCGCUUAUCGCCAUGGCCAAGGAAAAGGACAUGCCAGUGACCUGUGAUGUUGCUGUCUACUCGCUCUUCCUCUCUCAGGAUGACUUCCCGUGCUCCUUCCUCCCAUCGAAGGACGAGCAGCUUGCCUUGUGGGAAAACCUCGCCCAGAUCGACUGUUUCUCUGUCGGGGCUGUGCCUUCCUUACUUGCCAAGGCCCUUCAGAAGCCAGUCACGGCUGGUUUGGGGAUUGCUGAGACCCUUCCAUUGUUGCUCUCUGCCGUCGCUGACGGUCGUUUGACCCUCGAUGACAUUGUUCUCCGCUUGCACACCAAUCCGGUCAAAAUCUUUGACCUCCCAGUCCAGAAGGCUACCGUUGAGAUUGAUUUGGAGCGUGUUUCCAAGACUGUUUCGCCGCUUGGUGGUGUCUUGACCGGUACCGUUGAACGUGUCAUUUUCGACUCCAAGACUGUCUGCUUGGACGGCCAGGUCUCUGCUGCUUAUGCCUUUGGCCGCAACUUCUCCUCCAAGUUGAGAGCGCAGAAGAUUGCUUCCGCGGCCGCUCCAGUGGCGAUGUCCAUGCCAGUUGCCGAAGAGGCCGCUGCCGCCAGACGUGUUUCGCGCGUGUCUUUCUCUGAGGCCAGACCAUCCUCUGUCAUUGAAGAAGACACCUUGGGCACCCAGUUGGUUUCCUCCCUCCCACCGGUGGACAACGCUCCGUCCGCCAUCUCGACUCUCAUCAGAAACAACAAUCCGUUCCUUAGAAAGUCCAUCCUUUCUGUCAAAGACAUCAAGCGCUCGGAUCUCCACGCGCUCUUCUCCGUCGCCCAGGAAAUGCGUCUCGCUGUUGAACGUGAAGGUGUCUUGGAUGUUCUCAAGGGGAGAUUGAUCUCCACUUUGUUCUACGAGCCAUCUACCAGAACCUCAACCUCUUUUGACGCUGCCAUGCAAAGAUUGGGCGGCCGUGUUGUCGCCGUGCCGGUUUCUUCUUCUUCCGUCAAGAAGGGUGAGUCCUUGCAAGACACCGUGAGAACCCUCGCAUGCUACUCGGAUGCGGUGAUUAUCCGUCACCCAGACGAGGAGUCCGCGGACAUUGCCGCGAAGUACUCACCAGUGCCAAUUGUCAACGGCGGCAACGGCUCCAGAGAGCACCCUACCCAGGCCCUUCUCGACCUCUUCACCAUCAGAGAGGAGCUCGGGACUGUGAACGGGAUCACUGUGACCUUCAUGGGUGAUCUCAAGUACGGCCGUCCGGUGCACUCGUUGUGUCACUUGCUCCGCCAGUACUCUGUGCGCAUCCAACUUGUUUCUCCUAAGGAGCUUUCCUUGCCAAAGGAGAUUAAAGACGAGCUCGAGGCCGCGGGGAUGUUGGUGUGUGAGUCUGAGGAGUUGACCAAGGACAUUCUUGCCAAGUCGGACGUCUUGUACUGCACCAGAGUCCAACAGGAGAGAUUUGCCAGUGUCGAGGACUACGAGAGACUCAAGGAUUCAUACGUGGUUGACAACAAGGUGCUUGCUGAUGCCAAACAGCACAUGUGUGUGAUGCACCCAUUGCCGCGCGUUUCUGAGAUCCGCGAGGAGGUGGACUUUGACCAGAGAGCCGCAUACUUCAGACAGAUGAGAUAUGGUUUGUAUGUGAGAAUGGCGCUUUUGGCGAUGGUUAUUGGGGUUGAUUUCCAGAAAUAAGAGGCUGGCUUGCCGCAAUUUUGCUUAGUGACUCUUUAGGUUACAGUCUGUCAGCUCGCUUGCUUGAGUUUCGAUGUUUUGGGGAAAAUGUCGCCGCUUUGCUGCUUGCAUGUUUUUUUGGUUGUUGCUUUUUCUCUUGACCCUUUUUUGUUGUCUCUUUUGUAUAGACAUAAUCCUGUUAGAUA